AUGAGCAGCCGAAUGCGCGACGAAGACGACGAGGAACUGGAAGAUAACUUCUUACAUGCAGAUAUUCCCAGUACCUUUCGUGAACUACGUGCCUGUAUGACGUGCUCACUCAUCAAGACUUUCACACAAUUCUAUGACACUGGCUGCGAGAAUUGCGCCUUCUUACAGAUGGCCGAUAACCGUCAGCGUGUAGCCGAGUGCACCUCAGCCUAUUUUGAAGGUAUGAUUGCAAUGAUGCAGCCGAAGGAAAGCUGGGUUGCUAAGUGGCAGCGUAUUGUUCGCUUGAUUCCUGGAAUCUAUGCCGUAUCUGUCUCUGGGGAGUUACCGGACUCGAUCAAACGUUUUCUGGAGGACAGAAACAUUCCCUAUCGCGUGCAAAAUUAG